AUGGGUGCAAAGGUAUCAACAACCCAAAAGAGACUGGUUCUUAAAGUUCAGGGAGUUUUAGUUGUUGGGGGGUUCGAGAAUGUUAACAAAAAAGAAAUUAAAAUGUUGGUCGCUUGGCUCCUCUCCCAAUUCCCUGCCACCGACCCCGAGCAGAUUGUCAAUUAUACUUUCUGGUCCCAUGUUUCUUUGAAAGCAAAUAGCAUGUGCCGCUCGGGGGACUCCAAAAUGUUGAAGAUCGCAUUUUUGUGUUCGACCAUUCGGGACCUUUUAAAAUCUCACAGGCAAUUGGGAGAGCAGCCAACCGUAAAUGAGUUUGUCCCCAGUUCGGUUGUUCGUUCUUCCCCAGUCCCUCAAUCCCUUAAUUCUACCCCAAAAUCUGGAAUCCUGAAGAGAGCAGCUCGUUUCGGCAGCACGCAGGAGCCGUUCCAUCUUCCUGGCUCUCUUCAGGAUGUCCCUUCCCCCCGUCUGAAGAGUCCUGGCCAGACUCCUCGGGAUUCUUCCUACCCUCCUUUUUCCCCAGUUAAAGUCCUUAAAGGUUCUAAAACUGUUCGUUUUCACCCUCUUCCUUCUCCCACUCCCUCAGAAAGCUCGCUGACCCAAGAUGGCGUCAGCGAGCCACAAAAUGGCGGGUGCCACGUGCAACCUCCCGCCAAAACCUUUCCUCCUCCCCACAAUCCUUUUCGUUCUUCCCGCAAUCCCUUUCGUUGUCCUGACUCCUCCUCCUUCACUCCUUCCCUCUCCUCUUCCGCUCCGCCCUUGCCUCCGCCCAUCGCUCCUCCUUCUGCAACGCCUCACACGUACCUCACCUCUGAGGCGGGGACAACGUCAUCAGUCCCUGCCCCCGUCACUGGCUCCUCCCCUUCCGUCCCAAGUUCCGGUUCCCACGGUCUGCCUUCCGGUUCCCACGGUCCGUCGGGUGCUGGGGGGGGGGCCGGGAGCCGGGACCCGGGGUCGAUGCCCACUCUUUCCGCGGCCCCGGUCACAUACAUUCCAGGGAGGGAGGGAAGGACCCAGGCCCAUUGGACCCCGUUUCCUAACACCGCAAUUAAGGAGCUGUGCAAGGCCCAAAAGGAUUAUUCCCGGGAGAGUGAAUUCUUCCGGGGGAUCCUGAGAGCCACUCUCACAGACUCUGUAAUUAUUCCCGCAGAUCUGCGACGGAUUUUUUCAUGCCUGUUGAGCCCCUCAGAGUUCCGUCUCUGGGAGGUCAAUUGGAAAAGGGAAAUAGGCAAAGUUUUGCCUCAAUUAUGGGAAAAUCCAGGCACCGCCGUAGACACGGAGGGGGGAAUGAUUACCACAGAACAUCUUAGCGGUGUUGGGUCCUGGGCAGACGGGAACUACCAAGCAUGGUACAUUCCAUCAGAGGCAUUAAAAGCCACAACAUCAGCUGCGUUGAAAGCCUUCACCAGCCUGAGGUCUCCAACCACACCUCUCAUUCCUUAUUCCAAAAUCAUUCAGGGUGAUAAUGAACCUUUUCUUUUGUUCACUGAGAGGUUGCGAAAAGCCAUUGAAGUGCAGGUGAAGGACGAAGCCACCAGGGAGGGGAUCCUGACGGAGAUGGCAGCCACCAACGCCAACUCUGCAUGCAAGGCUGCCAUCCUCAGUCUCCCCUUCGAUCCACCGGCUGACCUAACACAAAUGUUAGAAGUAUGCGAGCGAAAGGUGGCAGUCCUCCCGGAAAAUCCUCUUCGAAGUCAACAUCCGCCACCUCGGAGGGCCGCCGCUGCUGCUGCUGUUCCAGCGGAGGGAAAAGACGGGUCACUGGAUGCCUGA